AUGUCCCUCCCCGCCCACCAUGCCCGCCUCAAGUGCAUCCACCAACCCCCGCCCGAGCAUGGGCCCAUCUUCCACCCCUACCGCUUCGUCGUCGACGUCCCUAGGGGGCAGUCCGAUGCCGGCGCAUUCGGCAUGUGGAAGCAAGUCCAGUUUCUCCAUUACUCCUCUCUCGACCAUAACAACAUCCCCACCCGCAGAGUAGGCCUCGCCCGCCGCGGCAUGCUCGGCAAAGACGCCAAGCUAGAAAUAACCGUAGAACCCCUCGUCAAGCAAGAGCCACAACAUUGGCCUAACGACCUCUUCGACAGCGCCAGGAAUGAGCCCUAUCCGUACGCGGAAUGGUUCACUCCCCAGGGGAGAAUAGCAGACCCAGGCUGUGAGGAAUGGAUACAAGAGAUCAAAUUCCAUGAAGAGAUGCGGGACGCGAUGGGCAGACCCACGAGAUAUGUCAAGCACAAAGAGGGCAAGAAUAACGUCUGCUUUCGGCACAAGGUCAUACCGACGGAAUGGCUGAAUGGACCGCCUGUGUCUAGUGCCGCGGCUUCACAUCCUUCCACGCUUCCCACAAGUGCCACUCGUCCUCCUUCCUUGUACCAAGUUCCAAGUCCCUCUGACACAAAUGUCCGGCGCGGUCCAGAACCACAUCAAUCUAGUACUGAUAGCACUCGCGAGGCGCCCGGUCUUGCUCAGAAUUUUCAGCUUCGCGGACCUCCCGUCCCGCAUCGUCUCACUCCGACUGCUCCCCGUCGUGUUCUUUCCUCAAACAAUCGCUCUCCAUCUUCCGGCUCACAGAAGCGCGACUAUGGACGCUCUCCUACAAGAGAUCCGCCUGCGCCGAAAAGACUAAAGUUCAAUCACGGUGACUCUCCUCAGAACUUGCGCGAGGAAUCGCUGCGUGAGAAUCCCAUCUGGGGGCGACCCGAAGCUCGAGGCAAACAGGUCAUUCAAUCCACCCGGACCGGCCCCCAUCUAUCGUAUGCUGUGCCCACCCCUACUCCACCCAGCCCCCCUGUAUCUACCGUCAUGGCCCCUGUCACCCAUUCUGCCCAGGCUCUUGUGGAGGCAGAUGCCCCCAAGCCUACACACCCCAGCAUACAUGAUCUAUUCUCGCGGUCUAAGCAAUCUACCCCUGUUCCUCCCACUCCCCCACUUUCGGCUGCUCUCUCUUUACCUGCCGCGCCUCCUUCCCGUCCCCUGACGCCUCCCCUGCCCCCCGCACUCCUUCUUCCUGCGCCUACCUCUACCGCCUCAGAACCUGACGCUGAUCUUGACAAGAUCGUCCACGACCCCAAGUCUGUUCGGACUGGCCCUCCUAAGCCCUCGGCUCCGGUGCAAGAACGCCUGGCGUACAGACAAGCUCAAUUGGAAGAAUGGGAAAAGAUGGUGUGUCAGUUUCCGGACCUAAGAGAGAUAAUCGAAUGGCAAAUCUCAAAGGUGGGGAAGCAGUUGGAGGUGUUGAGGGGUGAGAUGGAACCAUGA